AUGGAGCGCGUCAACCCGGUGGCUAAACUCUACAGAUCUGUAAUUGAAGAUGUAAUUGAAGGAGUGCGGGAUCUGUUUGCUGAAGAAGGUAUAGAGGAACAAGUCUUAAAAGACUUGAAGCAGCUCUGGGAAACAAAGGUUUUGCAGUCUAAAGCAACAGAAGACUUCUUCAGAAAUCGUGUCCAAUCGCCUCUGUUUACCCUUCAGUUGCCACACAGCUUGCAUCAAACAUUGCAAUCAUCAACAGCAUCAUUACUUAUUCCUGCUGGUAAAACUCUUCCCACUUUUACCACAGCAGAACUGGGCACCUCAAACUCCAGUGUAAACUUUACUUUUCCUGGUUAUCCUGUUUAUGUACCAGCAGGUGUGACGUUACAGACGGCAUCUGGUCACCUUUAUAAAGUUAAUGUACCAAUUAUGGUGACACAGACUUCUGGAAGAGCAAGUAUUCUUCAGCAUCCAUUUCAGCAAGUAUUUCAGCAGCUUGGGCAGCCUUCAAUAAUACAGACCAGUAUUCCACAAUUAAACCCAUGCUGUCUUCAAGCAACUACUAAAAAAUCACAGAGAAUGGAAAAUGUGCUCCAACAACCUGUGGUUCUUCGUUCUGGGACAGUGGAUAGGGAACAUUUAGAAUAUGCUACUGGUGAUACUCUAAUACAUCCUGGAAAUGAGCAUAAAAUCAUGUCUGAAGCUUUAUUGAGUCAGCCAGAAAACUCUCAGUAUAUCAGCCUUUCAGGUGUUGUAUUUCCUCCACAGGUCUCUCAAAUGGAUUCUAAUGUGGAGCCAGUGCUCAAUGUUUCAGCUAGCGUGACUCAAAAUCUGCAUGGUGGGCCCCUGUCCACAGGCCCUCAGGGGGCUCAGCACCAGCACAUGCCUGAUGUUCAGCUUCAUGUUCUUAAAAAUAGGAUGUGUGGAUGUGAUUCUGUAAAGCAGCCAAGAAAUACAGAGGAGCCCAGCAACCUACCUGUCUCAGAGAAGGAUUCUAAUUCUCAGAUGGAUUUAAGCCUUCAGGUAACUGAUGAUGAUAUUGAUGAGAUAAUUCAAAUAGAUGGAACUGGAGAUACAUCUUCCAGUGAUGAAACAGGAAGUACAAGAGAUGUAGAUGAGAACAAAUUUCUAGGGAUUACUGAUGCAGGAGACCUGAAGGUACUUGAAGAAGCCAGCAGUAUAUCAAAUGAAGAUUCAACGGCCAACAGUACUGAUAAUGAAGACCCUCAGGCAGACCUUGUGGAAGAGGACCCUUUAAAUUCUGAGGAUGAUGUUAGUGAGCAGGAUGUGCUGGACCUGUUUGACACAGAUAAUGUAAUUGUCUGUCAGUAUGAAAAGAUUCAUCGAAGCAAGAACAAAUGGAAAUUCUAUUUGAAAGAUGGUGUUAUGUGUUUUGGAGGGAGAGACUAUGUAUUUGCAAAAGCCAUUGGUGAUGCAGAGUGGUAA